CUUGUUGAUUCAUCUAAAACUCUUUGGUUUGUACAUGCAGCAUAUGUUCGUGAGUUUUGUAAUGUUGAACUUAAACGCGAGAUAGAUUAAUAAAACAUGUCUGAAGAGGAGGUAUGUAAAGAAGAACUUAAAGAGAUUGACAUAUGUGACAAUAACGUCUCAGAAGAAGAGAGUGGAGUUUUCCUCAACUCAGAUGCGUCGUAUAUUGACGGCUUUUCGGCUUUCCACAGAUGGGUUUCAAAUAGACGUUUAUCCUCAGAUGGAAAUUAUGAAGACGAUGAGCAGAGAGCGUCCCGGGCAUCAUCUAUUGUGGAUUGUCUGUUAGUGGAGCUUUAUGACACAUACAGCAGUAACGGUUUCAGAGGUGUAGACAGCUCCACCGAAGCUUCCAGUUCAGAUGCUUUCCUCGGGCGAAGUAACACCGGCGCGAACUUUCUGCAAGAACUUCAGGAGAAACACACGAGACGCCAUCAGAUGAAAUAUCUCUCUCAAAAAGGUCCAGAGGAACUAAAGUGGAUUAUUCAGGAGGUGAAAUACCGUAUUGGGGUCCAGUCUGCCAAACUGGUGCGUCAGGUGAAGAGAAAGGACAGACUACAGCAGAAAGUACAGAAGAACUUUGAUAUAGUAACUGCCUGUCUUCAAGCUGUCUCUCAGAAAAGACGGGUCGACACCAGGUUGAAGUUCACUAUCGAACCAUCUCUUGGCAAGAAUGGAUUUCAACAAUGGUAUGAUUCCCUAAAAGCUGUGGCGAGGCUUCCAGCUGGCAUUCCCAAAGAAUGGAGGAAGAGGGUAUGGCUGACAUUAGCCGAUCAGUACCUUCACAGCAUCUCCAUUGACUGGGAGAAAACAAUGAGGUUUGCUUUCAAUGAUCGCAGCAAUCCAGAUGAUGACUCACUGGGAAUACAAAUAGUAAAGGACUUGCAUCGGACGGGCUGCAGUUCCUACUGUGGCCAGGAGGCCGAACAGGACCGGGUGGUUUUAAAGCGGGUACUGCUGGCAUACGCCCGCUGGAACAAGACUGUCGGCUAUUGCCAGGGCUUUAAUGUUCUGGCUGCCCUCAUCCUGGAGGUCACAGAGGGACAUGAAGGAGAUGCAUUAAAGGUGAUGAUAUAUUUGAUCGAUAAGGUGCUUCCUGAAAGCUACUUUGCCAAUAACCUGCGUGCACUCUCGGUGGACAUGGCCGUGUUCAGGGAUCUGCUACGAAUAAAGCUUCCAGAACUUUCUCAGCAUCUUAACCAUCUCCAGAAAGUAGCCAAUCGGGAAGGAGGAGGCAGCUAUGAGCCACCACUCACUAACGUCUUCACCAUGCAGUGGUUUCUUACCAUGUUCGCCACCUGUCUGCCCCACCACACCGUCCUGAAGAUCUGGGACUCUGUGUUUUUUGAGGGGUCGGAAAUGCUGCUUCAUGUAGCUCUGGCCAUUUGGGCCAAACUCGGAGAGAGGAUUGAGGAGUGUCAGACCGCUGAUGAGUUUUAUAGUACAAUGGGCUGCCUGACACAGGAAAUGCUGGAGCACAACCUGAUUGACUCUAAUGAACUUAUGCAGAAUGUCUACUCCAUGGCUCCCUUCCCAUUCCCCCAACUGACUGAACUCAGGGAGAAAUACACAUAUAACAUCACCCCAUUCCCUGCGCCUGUCAGAGCUAUCAGCAGUCAGGUACUCAAUGGAUGGGAGAGUGAUGAUGAUGUCGACAUGGAUGAUGAAGAUCCCAUCAUUACUGCUCUUGGCUGCCUGGGGCCUCUGGGUGGACUUCUGGCACCUGAGAUCCAGAGAUACCAAAAACAUCUUAAAGAUCAGAAAGCAGUGCAGAGCUCUCACGGAAGUAACAUGGCCGAGCUCAGUCCCGGGGCAGUGGGUACGGGACGGGCGGAGCAUCAGGCUGCCAUCAACAGUAUGAUGCUGGAGCGCAUGAGCACCGACAUCAACGCGCUGAAAAAACAAUACUCGCGUAUCAAACAAAAACAACAGCAGCAAGCCGGUCUACUCUACAUUCAUACAGGACUUCCAGUGGAAGCUGAAACUAUUGAACCACAUCAACCCAUUAAAGCCCAGAAGCACCACCCUGGUACUGAUCAUCAUGGGUCAACUUCAUUAGAUAUGCUAGAUAAAUGUCCAGCCACCAGUAUCCUUUCCUCGCAACUCGGUCCCUCCACUGUGGUUAACCAUCUUUUCCUGGGUAGGAAGCCCAGGCCUGGUCAGCAGUCUUCCAAGAAUAGUAUCAUACAUAAUGGAGGACUGCACCCUGUGCCCCAAGCCCACUCUUCCCCAUGCCACAGCCAGACGUCCAGGGCCAGGCUCAAUUCCCCUUGGCGCAGCCAUGUGCGCACCCACCGGAGAAACAUCGCUAGAGCUCGGGCCCAGCUCGGCUUUGAUGAUUCUCUAGAACUAGAUGAUGACGAAACUCCUGUGAGCAAAACAGAAGAGGAAGCAGAGAGAAAAGGGGAGGAAGAAGAGGUAAAAACCAAAGAGGAUGAAAAACAGACUGCAUGUGAAGAGCAGGAGAAGGUAAAGACAUCUGAACAGGUGACCAGCAUGGCUAGAAGCUCAGAUGUUUCUCUGCAAGACCACAGCUCUGGAGAAGAAGAGGAGAAGGUCCAACAAAUAGAGAACAAGCUGUCUUCUCUGGAGCUGAAACCUUUACCAGAACCAACCUCAAAUGAACCAGAGGCAAAGACACCACCUCCAAAACCCCAGCCAAAGACGGAGUCCAACCAAAAUGAUCUUCACCCACUCCCAUCCACCUGUAAUCAAGCUUCAGACUCUUCUAGCUCCGAAAGUGGAAGAAGCCCCUCAACCUUAGCAGGGGAACCCCCAAAACCACAGCAGAUCUUUUCUCCUUUCCCCUGCAUCAAAACACCUCGCAAGUCUGUUGCUGCAAGAAACCUGGGGCUGUACGGUCCAACCGCCAGAACUCCAAAUGUGCACUUUCCCCAGAUGAGUAGAAGUAUAAACCGUGUAGGAAGCACUACCAAGCGACGCUAAUGGGUUGUCUCCUACAGACAAGCACUUAUAAAAUAAAGCUACUGUACUCUUUAUAUCAAUAUUCUACAGCUGUCAUGCAAGCACAUGCAUAACUCCAGUAUGCUUCCAGCACAUUUUCUAAAAGCUGAUCACUGUACGAAUUCACGAAGGUUAUAUUUAUUUUUUGUACGAGACCCUCCCAGAAGAGAAUAAUGUCCAAAAGUUGUGCUUGAAGGGUUUAAUAAAGUCUUAUAAAAGAAUCUUUGCUGCAUCUUCAAGCCACCAGUAUUUACAAGAUGCAAUAUGUUUACUCGUAUGUGCUGUAUCUUUAAGAUAAAAGCCACGCAAUGACAUUUAUGUAACAACUCACAUUUUACUGACUGCUGGUAACUAUUAUACAGUUCAAGAGGUUAAACACUCUUAUCCCACAAUGUCUAAGCUGUGAGAUUCUUGGAUUUAAAAGCAAUUGUCCAUGGCCACUUGAUUUAGUUCCUUUGUGCCCUGUGCCAGAAACAAUUCUUAACUGUUUUCAGUUUAUUGUAAUCUUUUACAACUAUGUACUUUUCUUGUCACUUUUACUUUGUUUUUCCUUCUUUAGUAAACUGUGUUCCGUUUUGUUGCCAUCUGACUUUUCUCUAAAGAAGUGAAUGAAAGUUAUCACUUGUUUUGAAAUGUCUGUUCUGAAUACUCCUGCUACUGAAAGUCCUUCAGCAUAUAAAGUUUUGGGUGACUUAGAGAUGAGAUUGACAUACAUAAUCCCCACAGUGAAUUAAACACAUGCAAGUAUGGAAAAAGCUUGCAGUAUUUCA